AAUGGAUAAUCCUAACUUGUCUUUUUUGCCUAAUAUUCCCAAGUAAUCAUAUUUUGGUGUCUUGACUCUACUUAUUGUUUGUUAUAAGCAGAAGAUGAGAGGUUGGUGAAUAGGAGCAAUAGUUGAUGGCAACUUUACCUGUGUGUUCGGCUACUGCUUGCUCUUCUUCACAUUCGCAGAUUCCUUUCUAUGGGGGGUUGAGAUCCUUUUCCUCCUGUUGGAAAACAUACCAGCUGAAAUGCAAUGUCGUGGACUUGUCUACUUCAUUUCAUCUUAAUGGACCUUCAUUGCGAGGACAAUCACCUAUAUUCUUGUACUCACAGUUUGUACAAAAUAGCAGUCUGUCCAGUUCCAGUGAUAGCAUUUGUACUUCUUGCCAGAAUGUAAUUGAUGGUGUCAAUUGUGAAUUAUUGACUAGUGACGCUCGCUCCAAUAGCACUGGAAAUCUGAAAUUUGUAGAUAGUUCUGCAGUACCUGUUGGAAGGGAGGAGAUGAUGGGUUUUAAUGAUGACUUGGUCAAUAUUGCUAACUUCUCACCAGAGUCUGCUAAUUUAGAGUCCAUAACUACGGUAGAUCUCACCCAGGGAAACCCUGCCUCGAUAUUGGAUUCAAUGGACUUGGAUACAAGUUCCUUAUCCAAUGUGAAAUCAUCUGCUUUGGACGUUCUCUCUCAAGUCAAUAAGUCAAUCACUGGUUCAGUUGAGAACGGACAAAGUUAUUUGAACAGUUCACUUGAUGGAAUUAGCUCGUCUGUUACAUCAGCUGUUAGAGGUGCUACUCAGGCAGUUGAUGAUGUGAUUAGUAAAUUAACAUCCACAGUGGACAAAACAGGGGAUUCAUCAGGUAAUGGUGUAGCAGCCUUUUCAACUGGCUUGAAAGAAGUCUCUGGUAGAGUUGGGCUUCUAGCUAUUGAUGGAUUGAGACAUAUAAUUCUCAUUGUUGAGGAUUUGGUAUCGCGAGGUGCCACACUUGUUGUGUAUUCUUACGGGUCUGUGAAGGAGGUGCUCCCUAUGGAAGUCCAGGAUCUGCUAAAUGUGUCUGAAGAGCGCGCAGUGAAGCUUCUUACUCCAUUUGGGACCGCUCUGGGACAGGGCUAUGUUGCUUUGGAGGGUCUGGAGAGGAGUCUUGGCUUGGAUCCAAGUGACCCAAUUAUUCCAUUUAUCCUUUUCCUUGCGGUAUCAACUUCUUUUUGGGCUUUUUAUUGGAAAUUGACUUAUGGUGGAUAUGCUGGUGAUUUAUCUCCCAAGUCAAGCUUUGAGCUUCUGAAAGGAGACGGGAAGGCUGUACUCAUUGAUAUCCGGCCUGAGGCAAGGCAUUGCAUAUUUAUCAAGUCUCGUAUUUCGGCAGAAUGGUGUAUGCCAAAUAUGCUGAGACCUUUGUUGUGCACUGUAUUCCAUUGCAUUAUCUCAGAUCUCAGAGAGAAAGAAGGCAUUCCUGAUCUUCGACGCGCUGCUCGGUUUCGUUUUGCCAAUGUAACACUACCUGAGAUUGAUGGAUCUACAAGGAAGCUAUUCAAGAGUGGAAGGGAACUUGAUGACUACCUGCUAGCUGCUGUCAUUAGGAACUUGAAGAUUGUUCAAGACAGGUCUCAGGUUAUAGUUAUGGAUGCUGACGGUAACCGUUCCAAGGGCAUUGCAAGGUCACUCCGAAGACUUGGAAUCAAGAGACCAUAUUUGGUCCAAGGUGGCUUUCGGUCUUGGGUUGAAGAGGGCCUCCGCAUUAAGGAGUUGAAACCUGAGACUACAUUGACAAUCCUCAAUGAGGAAGCUGAGGCAAUUUUUGAGGAAAUCAACCCAACACCACUACAAGUUGUUGGAUAUGGAGUGGGUUUGGUAGCAGCAGCAUAUGCAUUGGUUGAGUGGGAGAAAACACUACAAUACGUUGGAGUUUUUGGCCUAUGUCAGACUUUAUACCGUCGAAUUUCUUCGUAUGAGGAUUCAGAAGAUCUUAAACAAGAUGUGAGACAACUUUUGGCCCCAGUUAUUCUAGGAGGCCAGGCAAUGACAUGGGCAGCUGGCAAGUUGGAAACAAACCGUAAUGGACUACCAACUUCACCUUCUUCAACUGAUGUUCAGAGCAGGGUGUUGCAAGCUGCUGCAAAGCAUGAAUCACAACCAGAUAGCGAAGAGACUCAAGACCCGUCCCCUGAAACUAUGUCUUCCGUCAGUGAAAACAUCGAUCUUUCUGAAGCAUAGAAGAUUAAAGUGUUUUGCAGCUAACUAAUAAUAAUCCCACUGAAUGACACUGCAUAUUUUGUAUAUUCAGUCAAGACACUGAGAUUAUCAACCAUACUACCUCAAAAUUUGUAUAGUCAAGACCUAGAGUUUCUUCUUUUAUUUUUUUGUAAUGAAAAUGUAAAAAUUGCAACAUUGACCCAUCAUGGAUAUUUACUUAAUGUACCAUGCACAUUUUUUGGAUGUUUCA